UAAACGAAAAACAAAAGCUAAGGUCCCAAAUCCCAAAGAAGAAACUGAAAACUGAAGUCGUAAAAGUGAUAUACGCGUUUGGUGAAGACGACAGUGUCUCUCAUCUUUCUCUCUCAUACAUACACUAUGCAGAUCUAGUCAAUGCAAGCAAAACCCUCCUCCUGGAAAAUCCAAUUCCAGAUCUUUAUCUCAUCUUCCGGGGCCAUAGAGAUCUGUACCCGCCACCAAAUAUGGCGUUUUUACGUUUUCCGUUUAUUGCCCUGUGUGUGAUCCUCACGCUUCCUCUGAUUCUUAACGCUAAAACCCUUAAACGAGACGUGAAAGCAUUGAACGAGAUAAAGGCUUCUCUUGGGUGGAGAGUGGUCUAUGCUUGGGUCGGAGAUGACCCGUGUGGCGAUGGUGAUCUUCCAGCGUGGUCUGGGGUCACCUGCUCAACUCAGGGAGAUUACAGAGUUGUCACUGAAUUGGAAGUUUAUGCUGUGUCGAUUGUCGGGCCUUUUCCUACCGCUGUCACUAAUCUACUGGAUCUCACUAGGCUAGAUCUUCACAACAACAAGUUGACGGGGCCUAUUCCUCCACAAAUUGGACGCUUGAAGCGUCUCAAGAUACUAAAUUUGAGGUGGAAUAAGCUACAAGAUUCCAUCCCUCCCGAAAUUGGUGAGCUGAAGAGUUUAACCCAUUUAUACCUGAGCUUCAAUAAUUUCAAAGGAGAAAUACCUAGGGAGCUUGCUAAUCUUCCUGAGCUUCGCUAUCUCUAUCUGCAUGAAAAUCGAUUUACUGGGAGAAUUCCUCCGGAACUGGGCACCCUGCAAAAUCUUCGUCAUUUGGAUGUUGGUAACAAUCACUUGGUGGGUACUAUAAGAGAACUUAUACGAAUUGAGGGGUGUUUUCCUGCUCUGCGUAACCUUUAUUUAAAUAACAAUUACUUUACUGGAGGAAUCCCUACCCAGAUUGCAAACUUGACCAAUUUGGAAAUUUUGUACCUAUCCUACAACAAGAUGUCUGGAAUAAUACCAUUUGGUGUUGCUCAUAUUCCCAAAUUAACUUAUCUGUACCUGGAUCACAACCAAUUUUCAGGGAGGAUUCCUGAUGCCUUGUAUAAGCUCCCAUUCUUGAAAGAAAUGUACAUUGAAGGAAAUGCAUUCCGGCCAGGUGUAAGACCAAUAGGGGUACACCAAGUUCUUGAAGUUUCAGACACAGAUUUUCUUGUUUAGCUAAGAAAUCAGCCUAUUCUUUCUUCAUUUAGGAUAAAAUUUUACGUGUUGCCCACAAGGGUUCAUGUUGCUCAAUGAAAUAUAAAAUCAAUUUAUGUACCAGAAGAGGGUAUAUAAAAUCUAAUUUUUGUCCAUCUCCAAUUAUAUCAUUAAUGACGUCAAUCCGAGGUUUAUCAUUGAUACAGUA